UAAAAUACUCAGGACCAGUUGGAAACUAUUCCAGAAUACUUGAAGGGGUGGCGUCCUCAGACAUAAACCACAGGAUACAAGAACCUUCCUGAUACGGGAUUUUCAUCUGUGUUUUCUACCAGAAAAUCAGCAAGAGCCACCAGGUCAAGAAGAAAAAAAGAUUUAAUUAGAGAAAAAUGCCCGAGGAGGAAAAAAGAGAGAAACUAGCCAAAGUUAUCAGACAGUGGAACAACAACAGACUGGACCUGUUUGAAAUCAGUCGACCUGAUGAGAAUCUUGAGUUUCAUGGCGUGAUGCGUUUCUACUUUGAGGAUCUUACUGGAGGAAAUGUUGCUACAAAAUGCCUGCGUGUUUGCAGUAACUCUUCAACUCAAGAGGUUUUAGAUACUCUCUCUGAGAAAUUCAGGCCUGAUAUGAAAAUGCUGACCACUUGUUAUUCCCUGUAUGAGAUCCAAGGCAGGACGGAACGUAAACUGGAUUUAGAUGAGAAACCUUUGGUGGUUCAGUUAAACUGGAGUGUGGACGACAGAGAAGGACGGUUUGUGCUAAAGAAAGACCAGGAGAGUUUGGAGAAAAACUGUCAUGAAAAGGACAAAGGAAGCAUGAUCCAAAACUUCAAGAGGACGCUGUCUAAAAAAGACAAAAAACAGAGGAAGAAAAAUGCCACAGGGGAUGGGUCAACUGAAACACCACUGAAGAGCAGCGACAUCUGCAUGUCUGACCAGGAAAUGAAAGAUGAGAAGCAGCUCAGGCCGAGUGCUGCUGGUGGUGUGUCUGGUCCUGGAUUACCAGUUGGUUUAACAUUCACUGAUAACUUGGAGGAUGCCUUCCUGUCUGCUGUCAUUAACUACACCCACAGCUCCACGGUCCACUUCAGGCUGUCGCCGGCCUACAUCCUGUACGCCGCGGGCCGCUUCGUUCUUCAUUGCCAAAAAAGGCGUGGCUCCGCAUCCCCAGCACAAACCCACAGAGUUACCUUGAUCACAAGAAAAAUGGUCGCCCUGACAGGAAAAGUCAUCCAGAGGCAGCGGGACAUCACCGGCGCUCUCACCUUCUGGAUGGCCAACUCCUCUGAGCUGCUUAACUUCCUCAAACAUGACAAGGACCUCAGCCCACUGACACAGCAAAGCCAGGUGGAUUUAGCCCACGUGGUCCACAAAUCCUACAGUUAUCUAACACAGUGUCUCCAGAAGGAACUGACAAAGCAUCUGCCAAUAUUUCUGAUUGAUCCAGACCAACAUGGAGCUUUGCCUGCUGGCAUAGAGAUGGUUCUGGAUACACUGAUGAACACCAUGUCUGUCGUACGCCGCUGUCGGGUCAACGCUGCCCUCACCAUUCAGCUGUUCUCCCAGCUCUUCCAUUUCAUCAGCGCUUGGCUCUUCAAUCGGCUGAUGAGGCCGGACACCGACACCCCAGGUCUGUGCUCACAUUACUGGGGGGCUGCCAUCCGCCAGAGGCUGACGGCCAUCGAAGCCUGGGCUGAGAGGCAGGGCCUGGAGCUGGCUGCAGACUGCCACCUGGGUCACAUCAUCCAGGCAACCGCGCUCCUGACCAUGAAUAAGUACUCAAUGCAAAACGUGAAGGACAUCCAGAAAACCUGCUUCAAGUUGAACUCCCUGCAGCUGCAGACUCUGUUGACCAACUACCUGUAUGCAGCCAAUGAGCCUCAUAUCCCCCCCGAUUUGAUGGAUGCUGUGGUGACAGUGGCGGCGGCUUCAGCAGAUCACCUGAUUGGAAGUGAGGGGCGGGACAUCCAUCUGGAGGAGAGCCUGGACCUCCACUUGCCCUUCCUGCUGCCGGAUGGAGGAUACUCCUGUGACACCGUCAGAGGAAUCCCUCCAGGGUUUAGGGAAUUUUUGGAGCCACUUUGCCGGAAAGGUCUCUGCUCUUUAAUCUCUGAGCCAAACUCCAAUGGGGAUUGGACGAUACACUUCACAGAUCCCACCCCUUCUACAGAAACCACUUAUCUGACUGAACACAAAGAGCCAGAGAUCGUGACAAUCACAUUGAAUAAACCUGUGAACAGUGGAAUGGGCGUUAGCAUUGUGGCCGCAAAGGGAGCAGGACAAAAUGAUCUUGGGAUUUAUAUCAAAUCUAUUGUUAAGGCAGGACCAGCUGACAGGAAUGGCAGGUUAUCAGCUGGAGACCAGCUGCUCUGUGUGGAUGGACAAAGCCUUAUUGGACUGAGCCAAGAAAGGGCGGCUGCUGUCCUGAUGAGAACGGGCCCCGUUGUGACCUUAAAGGUCGCAAAGUUUGGAGCGAGUUUCCACGGUCUGGGGGCCUUACUGAAUGAACUCCCCCCAGCUGAUACAACCCACAGCGUCACAAAGCCAAACAGCACUGGUGGGACUGUCUCCAAAGCUGUGGACCCUGGCUCCUCAGAUCAGCUGCAAUAUAACAGCAAGAGAAAAAAAGGCCCGAUAAUGGAGAGGAACCGACAGCUCCAUCAGUCCAAUCCCAAUGUGACAACAUACUUUUGGCCGCAGGAUGGAAAUGAACUCUUCGACCCUGUUGUGAGAGCGAACAUCACUGCUGUUUCCACUAUCAACCUUUGUAGUGACACGUUUCACAGGGAAUACUUGACACUUCCAGCCCAGAAAUUCCAGGACAAAAGCAGAUCUGAGUCCUGUCAACAACAGCAAGCAUUCAAGGUGUCUUUAAAACCAUUAGACAACCAGAGCAUCAAUAAGAGAACCUAUAUGCGCCAAGCCCUGUCACAGGAGAACUUGUGUAUGGAGAGUGGGCGCCCUCUGCUGGACAAAAGGCAGGACACGUGGCAGCUGCAGCACACAAAGCAAACCAUCAGUCACUUCUCAUCUUUCCCAAUUCGACAGAGUAUUUCCACUCAUGAUAUUCUCUCUGACAGCGAUUCUCCUACCAGAACACAGCAGGGUUCCAGAACAAGUAGCACCAAACUGUGGAAAAGCCCUUUUACACAACAGCCAACUCCUACACCAUCUGUCCAGCCAAUACGCAUAGACAUCCCUUUAACCAGAGCUGUGACCACACAGUCCAAUCCUUCACUGACCACCUUUCAGCAAAGCUCCACUGCACUGAAGAUGAGCCUAGCCUCCAACCUACAUGGACAUACAGCUCAAAACCAGGCAGCUCAUAUUUAUGCACGUCCAGUUUCUGCACCUAAGAUGGUCCCUCACAUCCCAUCACAGCCACUCAGGGCACAUGGAGGUCCAACUGCGAAAGAACAGCUCAGCAUUACUCCAACAAAACAUGUCUCCUUCCAAGUGCCUCCCACAGAGCAGAAGACAAGCCCAGUGAGGGUCCAGGAGCUCCAGGAGGUGUCAGACCCCGGUAGGAGGGAGGAUCUCGAGCAGCUGGAGAAGCAGAGAAGGCUGGAGGACGUGGAGGUCCUGGGGCAGGAGGUGCAGCAGCUUCAGGCUAAAACCAAGCGCACAGCGGAGGAGAACGAGCGACUUCAGAGGCUUAGCCUGGAGUGGAAGUUUCAGAAGAGGCUGGAGGAGAUUCAGCAGAGAGGAGAAGAGGAUGAGGAGGAGGUGGAUGAAGAUCUGGACAUGAUGAUGACCAUACAGGAGCUGGAUACACGAGCACAGAACAAGAGAAGCAGUGGUGUCAACAAUGAUUCUAAAAACCUGCAAAAUCAGACACAAUCUCAUUUCACCCAAAGAGGUGACCAAGCAGAUCCAGAUCAGAGGCCCAGUGGACUUAGUCCAGACGUUCACAACACAACAGCAAAACAAGACCAGAGACAGAAACUCCAGAGAACGUCUGCUCCUGAAAAGCUGACGUUCAAAGAGCGUCAGCGUCUGUUUGCCCUGACAUCCAGUGCAUGAGUGAGGAGGAAAGGCCUCGGACACAGAAACC